AGACAGUGCCCAUUGUUUCCUCUUUCUCUCUCCGUCUGAUCAAUCCCCCACAUUCCUUCAGUCCAAUCACCGCAACAAGAAAAGGGGGAAAAAAGAGAGAUUACCUUUUAUAAUUAUGUAUUGUACCAUCUUCUCUCAAGUGGUAAAUUUUAAGAGUUUCGUUACUGGUUUUUCAUCUGUCUCUGUGUGGACUUUGGCGUGUUCCUUUGGCCUUUGUGCUUUUGAUUCUAACUUCUCUCUAGGGGUAGUGAAUGAGUGAGAAUGAGUGAGAGUUUCAUUUCAUGCUCUUUUUAUUCUGGGGUCUGCAAAAGGAAACAAGAUAAUGGGGGUGGCGGAAUCACUGGCAACUAGCAGACCAGAGCUAAAAACCAAAACCUGUAGAAGGUAGGAAUCAGGCCCGGAAGUCUCAGAUCUCAAGGAUAUUUGAAUUUCAGGCUUGAAUUAGCUUGGUUCUUUCUCUGGAAAGUUUUGUUCAUUCCUCUCAGUUCGAAUUCUUUUCCGAGCUGGUUUGAUGGUCAUUGCGCGACGUUCUUGUUUCGGCAAUCGUGGGCUUUGCUUUAUGGGCAUCUGAUUCCGAGAGUGGCUUUUUGUUCGGAUAAGGCAAUAUGCACACUUGCUCUCUGGUCAGAAUGGCUUGUCAAAUUGCUAAUUAUGAACUAGCUGCGUGAAGGAAUAAAGGGAAGGAGUUUCUGAAGCAAGAAUAUAGAGCUAUGGGAACGACUAGUUCAGUUUUCUGGCUUCUGGCUUUGCUGUUUCCGGCUUUGAUGGAGAUUUCCUCUGCCGCGCUUUCUUCUUCUGGGAUAAAUUAUGAAGUUGUCGCUCUGAUGGCCAUAAAAAAUGAAUUGCGUGAUCCACACAAUGUCCUGGAGAGUUGGGAUAUUAAUUCUGUCGAUCCUUGUAGCUGGAGGAUGAUUACUUGUACCCCAGAUGGCUCCGUCUCUGCUUUAGGAUUGCCCAGUCAGAACUUGUCAGGUAAGCUAUCUCCUGGGAUUGGCAAUCUGACUAACUUGCAAUCUGUGUUACUUCAGAACAAUGCCAUUUCUGGUUCAAUUCCUGCUGCUUUAGGAAAUCUGGUAAAGCUUCAGACACUUGAU